GACUGGCUGGUGGAAAAGUUCAACCUGGACCUGUCCCUGGACGGACGCACAGAGGUCGCGGAGAAGACGGACCUGGCAUCAUCACGAAGGCCCAAGGUCUUCAAGCUGGUGACGGAGGGCAAGGCCUGUGUGGUCUGCGUCUACGAGAAGGGCGGCCAGACCUUCCAGGAGUUCGGCCCUGUGAUCCUGGCCUCAGGCGGCUUUGGCGAGGACUUCACCCAGAACUCGCUGCUGGCCAAGCACCGGCCGGGGCUGCUGCGCCUGCCCACCACCAACGGCAAGCACUGCACCGGCGACGGCAUCAAGAUGGGCGAGGAGACCGGCGCGAAGAGCGUCGACCUCGAGUGGGUGCAGGUCCACCCCACGGGCCUCGCGAAGCCCGACGACGCCCACGCCAAGAUCAAGUUCCUCGCCGCCGAGGCCCUCCGCGGCGUGGGCGGCAUCAUACUGAACGCCGAGAGCAAGCGCUUCUGCAACGAGCUGGGCCGCCGCGACUAUGUCACCGGCGAGAUGUGGAAGAGCAAACCGCCCUUCAGGCUUUGCCUCAACAAGGCCGCCUUUGACGAGAUCAACUGGCACUGCAAGCGCUACACCGGGCGUGGCGCUUUCCCCCCUUCUUUGCGCUUUGUGCGUGCGGAGGAUUCAGAGCAUCAGCUACAGCAAUUGGAUCUGAAUGAUUUCCCGAUGCUACGACCGCUUGGCCGCACAUGUCGAGCCUCAGAUCAAGCCCUGUUCGAUGGAGACGGACAACGGGCCCGUGCAGUCAUGGCUGCUACAGUCUUGGCGAAUGAGAUGACAGUCGUCGACGCGACCAACCACGUGGACCUCCCGGAGAUGAACUUCGACCGAUUCGGUGUUACGAUGCUACUCACGGUCUUCGUCGACCUGCAGUGGGCUAUCAACCUCCUGGUCAUCCUCAUUGCCUUCGGCUUCGUCUGGAAUUGGUGGAAGAGUUCGACUAUGACAACGCAGACAACACAACCUCGAACACGCCAACGUCAACGACCUCAUCCUCUACCUCCUGGCAAUCACCAGCGAGUCCGACCUCUACGAGCGCAGCAAGACUACGAGUGUCAACGAGCCCCGGGACCGUCUCAAGGACAACAACGGCACAAAUUCAAACCACAGGCAUGCGGCCAGACAUUGAGAUUGGGUACCUUAAAGACCAUGGUGCACGAGCGGGAUUCCAGCAUUGAAGUGCUGACCCACUACAAUGUCGAGUUGCAAGCGGAAAUUCGCGGAAUGUCUGAAAGAUUCAAGGAGACCAAAGAUGAGCUCAACAAUCUGCGGCGAGACUUCGAAGAAACAAACCAAAGGUUGGAGCAAGCGCAACGGCAAAACUUCAAUCGAGGAACACUACGCGAGCAACCCACACGUGCCACAGUUGGCAUUCAAGGCCCUUGCACUUAUACGCGAUGGAACAGCCACCCGCGCUUCACACCAAUGCGGGAAUCCGAAUGGGGUGCUUGGACUGUGCGGUGA